UAAAGAUUCUUGUAAUUGUCUCAAAUUGGAGAAAAAAUAUUUGACGUUUGAUUAAAAAUGAAAGUUUGCACUAACAUUUUGGUAAUCGUGCUCUCAUGUGUUUGAUUCAUUUAAACUUCCACAUUAAUUUAAAUUAAUUUUUUAAAGUAAGAAGAAAAUAAAUUCUUAUAAAAAUGCCAAAGAAACCACCAAGAAAUGCAUUUUACUACUUUAUGAUAAAUUUUAAAGAAGAAGAAAGAAAAAAAGGUAUAAAUUAUGCAAACUUAGCAGAAGUUGCGGACGCCGCCGGGCCUGCGUGGAGGAAUGCUCCACCAUCAGUGAGAUCUAAAUUUGAGGCAAUAGCAAAACAAGAGAAACAGAAAAGAAAUAUUCCUGAUACGAAGUUUACAUCCCAUGGCAUAUCAUUAGCUGAAAUUGAACAACAGGAGAAAGAACUCCGAGAUGCAGAGGAAGCUGAACGCCAGGACAUAAAGAAUUUUGUCAAAUUGAAAAGUUUUAAUGAUAGUAUCAAAUAUGAAGAUAUAUAUUUGAUGGAUGUCAACUUCUAUUGCAAAACAAGCACAGAGUAUGUAAUUGGUGAGAGUUCUAUUUUACGAUUUAACCUUCAGGAUGGCAUCAAGGACAUUUAUCAUGAGCUGAUUAAUCCUCCUCAUAUACCAAUUGGAUAUGCCUCUGAUAUAAAAAUAGGAAGUCAAGAAUAUGGCUUGGAAAUGCCUGACGAUACACAAAGUCGUAGUAAUUUCAUGCAAAUCUUGGCGAACUGUGUUGAUUAUUUGAAACAACAGGACCCCAACGUGAAAUCAUUGCCGCCCAUUUUUACGAUGCCAGAUAAAGUUGCGCCAGUGCAAGACUUCAUAUUGCAAAUGUGUAACAGAGCAGCCGAAGAUGACAGCAUAUUCAGAAUAUACAAACUAGAUACUCUAUUCUUCACUUUGAUCAAUGCAAUCAAGACAUGCACGAAUGAAGGUUUUCCUAAAGAGUCCUUGGCCUUGGCCCAGUUGAAAAAAGACUCUUUCAAAUAUACGCCCGGAAUUGGAUGUGAACACCACGAAAUAGCGGACAAGUCUAUUGAGUGCACCACUUCUCGUACGAAACGCUGGGCAUACACAAUACUUGAUAGUUGCUGUCCGGUCAUUGGGAUUGAUUUGCAGCCUGGAAAACACAUGCCAGCAGACUAUGAUAUAGAGAGUAUACACACAUAUAAAGAACAAAAGAAAGUCAGAGCAGGCCCAUCCGUAGCCAAGACAAGUGCGACGACAUCGUAUGAGUCGUCACUAUCCACAAAUCAAGUAUUUAACACCGCAGGUGUUUCAUCUUUAGAGACUCCUGCAAAGGAAAAACGAACUCAUCGUCCUCUUCGCCUGCCGAAAACAGAUUAUUCACAAAGUAUCCGUCCAGCUCCGGAAUUAACUGAAGAGAACUUUCCGAAGUUAUCUGCUGGAAGAGGUCGCGGCCUGGCCGGCUCCUUUGACAAAAUGAGAAUUAAGAAAUAAAUGUGAUAUAUAGAUCUUAGCCAAAGUAAUUUGUUGAAAUUAUUUUUAUAAGUACGAUAAACACUAUGUUUUAAAUAAGUUUUUUAUGUUUUAAUGACGAAACUACAACAGAUGAUGAUGCAUAUUCUUAUUUAAUAUGUAUUUAUUAUUACCAUUUGUGAUACUAAAUAAAAAAAUCAAUUAUUAAAAUUGCCCUAUGUUCUAUUAAAUAAAUUAUUAAUCAUAUGUAGUAUGUCUCAAUUCUGUUAUAAUUUCGUUUAAUAAAAAACAAUGACAAAAUGUAUAAAAAACAGUAUAUUUAUCAAUAACAACAGAUAUGUCACGUAGACGGUGCCAGAUUGUUCAAUAUUAUUACAUACAUGUGUCGUACCUCUAUCUCUUUACAUUAUUUUACGUAAAAAUAUAAAACAACAUGACCAUUUAGUAAUAGUUUUGUUCACUAAAGCUCCUAAUGACCAUUUGUUAUGGUUCUAUUCUCUAUUGUUUUUAUUAAUGUCCUUUUCUCUUUCAUCAUUUUCAAGACUGCCUCGUUCGUUAUUUUUUUCGUCCAUCUUAUCCUUUCCAUUCUCUUCUCUUUCCAUUCUGUUUGAUUUAAAAUCAGUUUGUAUGUAAUUAAUAUUGAGCACCUUUCCUCUUUGAUGUGUACUAAAUAGUUUAGAAAAAAUAUUAGUAGAAUAUUUGAGUGUAUUUUUCAAAACUUAUUUAGUAUUUGCUCUGGUGCCUAUAUUAUAAUUAAGUAAACUUAUAACAAGCUUAUUUUUAAUAAUUAGGUAUUAUGUUUCUGUUUGUAUGAAAGAUUA